AUUACAUGCCCCCAAGGUUGUCCAAAAAAUCAAGCCUGCUAGUCACCACAAUCGUGUCCAACGAUGAUGGAUUAUUCUAAGUGGGGUCAGUGUAACAGCUCAUCAAACCCUAUGCUGUCUCUUAUUGAAGUGUGAAAGUAAACUUUAUACUGAUCUGAACACGAGCCACAAAAGAAACAAGAUUUACCUUUUAAAUAUUAAUGGAGAAAUUAUCACCCUCUUGUUUGGCAAGCCUCAAAUAGAUCAUUUACCAAAAAGUCAGUGCGUAAUUCGGUUAUUGUACUCCUUUCACACAGCAGCCGUCCUAUCUGCAGCUACUUUUAUCCCUGCAUAGCCUCUGUUUUCAACCUGAGAUAAUGAUGCAUUUCAUAUAGAUCCAAAAAUAUGUUAAAAUUUCUGAGAAUAAACGAUGUAAUCAUAAAUCCAGAAUGAUCUUGUAUCUGAUAUAGCUACAAACAGAAGUUCUAAACUCUCCUGUCGCUGCAGUUUCUUGUUGAGCAGUCCAGCAAUCUGUACCAGAGAACAUGAAGAAAGCAGUCCGAUUUGUGUCUUGUCAAUCCCUUAUUCUCCUUCUAAUCAAAUCAUUACUACCACUAUUUAUGCUGCCACAAACAGUAAUGGCAGAUCCAAGAACGAAGACAGUGCAAACAACAUGUGGCAAUCAAAAAGAGCACAAUAUCACAAACUUCGUUACAAAUUUUGUUACAACCAUGGAAAACAUCAGUGAUCAGGUGCGCAAUCAUGGGUAUGGCACAGCAGUUUCAGGGACAGGUCCUGAUACCAACUAUGGCCUUGCUCAGUGCUAUGGAGAUCUUUCCUUACUUGACUGCGUAUUAUGUUAUGCUGAGGCACGUACAGUUCUUCCCAAGUGUUUCCCCAGCAAUAGUGGUCGCAUCUACCUUGAUGGUUGCUUUAUGAGGGCUGAGAAUUACAGCUUCUUUGAUGAGUACAGAGGAGCAGAAGACAGGGCUGUGUGUGGGAACACAACCAGAAAAAGUACAAGUUUUCAAGCAACGGUGAAGCGGGCAGUUCUGAGUGCAGUUGAAGCAGCGACAAAUAAUAAAGGGUAUGCGAGGGAGAAGGUUGCUGUAUCAGGAACAACAAAUGAGUCAGCUCACGUUCUGGCCAAUUGUUGGAAGAGUCUGAACACAAGCUCUUGCAAAGCAUGUCUGGAAGAUGCAUCAUCUUCGAUAUUGGGAUGCUUGCCCUGGUCAGAAGCAAGAGCUCUGAACACUGGCUGCUUCAUGAGGUAUUCAGAUACAGAUUUUCUGAACCUGGAACUGGAAAGUAGAAGUUCAGCAGGUGAUGUAAUAGUGCUAGUGGUUGCAAUUGUCAGUUCAGUGGUUGUUUUCGCGGUUGCAAUAGCUAUUGGGGUUUAUGUCUGGAAACAGAGAUACAUUCAAAUGAAACGAAGAGGUUCAAAUGAUGUAGAAAAGUUAGCAAAGACCCUUCAUCACAACAGUUUGAACUUCAAAUACUCUACCCUGGAGAGGGCAACCGACUCUUUCGAUGUUGCUAACAAGCUUGGACAAGGAGGGUUUGGGACAGUUUACAAAGGAAUUUUGCCUGAUGGAAGAGAGAUUGCAGUCAAGAGAUUAUAUUUUAACAACAGACAUAGAGCAGCAGACUUCUAUAAUGAAGUCAACAUAAUCAGCAGCGUGGAACACAAAAAUCUAGUCAGAUUGUUAGGAUGCAGUUGUUCAGGACCCGAAAGUCUUCUUGUAUAUGAGUAUCUGCCCAACAAGAGUCUUGAUCGUUUCAUUUUUGAUAAAAACAGAGGCAAGGAACUAAACUGGGAUAGGAGAUAUGAAAUUAUCAUUGGGACUGCAGAAGCAUUAGUCUACCUGCACGAGAAGUCCAAGAUUAAGAUAAUUCACAGAGAUAUAAAAGCCAGCAAUAUCUUAUUAAACACAAGGCUUCGAGCUAAAAUUGCAGAUUUUGGUUUGGCUAGGUCUUUCCAAGAAGACAAAAGCCACAUCAGCACAGCUAUUGCAGGGACUUUAGGGUAUAUGGCUCCCGAGUACUUAGCUCAUGGUCAGUUAACAGAGAAAGCAGAUGUAUAUAGUUUUGGAGUGCUACUGCUAGAAACAGUUACUGGGAGACAGAACAACAGAACCAAAGCAUCAGAAUAUUCAGACAGCCUAAUUACAGUGACAUGGAAGCAUUUCCAGUCAGGGACAGCAGAACAACUAUUUGAUCCAAAUCUAACGUCACAGGAAAACCACAAUAGCAAUGUUAAAGAUGAAAUAUUACGAGUGGUGCACAUAGGACUUCUGUGCACUCAAGAGAUCGCUUCAUUGCGACCAACUAUGGCAAAAGCAUUAGAGAUGCUAACUAAGAAGGAGGAGCACCUUCCUGCACCCUCUAAUCCACCCUUCAUGGAUGAAAGCACGAUGGAACUCCAAGACAUAUACGAUGAUCCAGCUUAUCCUCUCAAUGCAGCAGAUUCAAUCGCUACUAUGUCCCACAGCUCAUUUUAUCCCAGGUGAUCGUGACAUGAUAUGCAGAGAAACAUCACUUUAUAUAUAUAUAUAUAUAUAUAUCAAUUCUGCAGACUGGCUUCACUUCUGUAGGAAGAUGGCUCGCCAGACCUGCAUAUAUUUUGGAAGUCGCUAACAAUUCUUCGUAUGAACUGAUAUUUGAUGAUGUGCACAUUUGGAUGCACGGGGAGUAGCUAAGCUUUAAGUCAUCCUAAUGGAGUUGUGGGAAGUAAAUAGUGUAUAUUUUAUAUAUUGAAUCAUGGUCGACUUGACUAUGAAUUUUGGAUCAAACCAAUGCAUUAAUUGAUCCUUCGCAAAUCUGGUUAGAGCUCCUAUCGGUUACCAAGAUUUGUUUCCAAGGGAAAAAAAGAGGAAAAAUAAAUUGAAAGCUACUAUGGUUCUGCACUU